AUUGUGCUGUUAAUUAACCUUAACCCACGAAAAUGGUGGAAAACUUGAUAAUUUUUGGAACUUUAGUAUCAUCGACAGGAUUGAAUAGUUUGGAGGUAGUUCCUGGUUAUCUGAUUAUUGAAGAUGGCAAGAUUAUCCGUAAGGGAACAUCAAGAGAAUUCGUGAAGCUCGAAGCACAGGACGCCUUUAGGGGUUUUCACAUAAUAAAAUUGCAGAGCGAUCAGUUCCUGAUGCCAGGUUUUGUUGAUUGCCACACACAUGGCCCACAGUUUCCCAAUCUUGGUCUAGGUUUGGACCGCCCUCUGCUAGAAUGGCUGGAAAAAUACACAUUCCCUCUAGAAAGCCAAUUUGCAGCAACUGAAUAUGCCAGUAAUGUUUACUCUCAAGUAGUGCGCCGACUACUGACCAAUGGUACUACGACAGCAUGUUACUUCGGUUCACUUGAUCUUGGUGGAACAAUGGAGCUAGUGAAAAGCGCUGUGAAUCUCAGACAACGAGCUCUCAUUGGCAAGGUCAGCAUGAAUAUGAAGAACCAAUCCGGUUACUACAAUGAUACUGAAAGAGAAGUGGAUGAUAGUACAAAAUUCGUUGAGAAAGUUCUUGCUUUCGACAAUGACCUGAUUUCCCCCGUCAUUUCUCCGCGAUUCGCACUUAGUUGCGACAAUGAGCUGAUGAAGAAACUUGCGGAGCUAGCGGCAAAAUAUAACUGCCACAUCCAAAGCCACAUUUCGGAAAAUGUAGAAGAAGUGAAUGAAGUACUUAGACAAAAUCCUGGCUGCGUGAACUACGCCGAAGUAUACGAUAAGUGCGCUAUUCUUACCAACAAGUGCAUCAUGGCGCAUGCUGUGCAUCUGACGGACGCUGAGAUCGAUCUGUUGAAGAUUCGCGAGGUGGGAAUCGCGCACUGCCCCGCGUCCAACACCCGCUUGCGCUCUGGCCUCUGCCCCGUACGCAAGCUGAUUAACCACGGCCUUAGAGUUGGCCUUGGCACUGAUGUUUCCGGGGGUGACAGUGCGUCUAUCCUGGACGCCAUACGCCGCACAAUGGAUGUCUCCACUCACCUGGAGCUACAGCACGGAUUGCACCGCGCUAUCAACUGGAAGGAAGCCUUCUAUCUUGGCACUCUCGGUGGAGCUAAAGCUCUGAGCCUAGACCACAAAAUAGGCAGCCUGGAAGUAGGAAAAGAGUUUGACGCACUAGUAAUCAACGUGUUUGCGACGGGAGGUCCUAUCGACAAUCACCCCAACACCCUGGAGGCUACGAGUAAUGAGUACAAUGAAGGCCUAGUGCAACGUUUCUUGUACACCGGGGACGACCGUAACAUUACGCAGGUGUAUGUCAAGGGGCACCUCGUUAAGAACGGGUGGACCGUUGUGUAAGCUCGCCAUAUGACAAUGAUGAUAAAUGGCUAACCGUGUGACGAUGCUGACCUUCUUCAUCGUCAUCCUACCUUUUAACCCCUCACACGUUCUGAUGAGACUCGCGGUGUCCCUGACAAUUUUAAUAAACAUUUUUUUUAAUUUGAAUAAUUUUAGGAAAUGAAACUAUUCUUCCGAAUUUAAGUCGCGUAUAUUUGUUUUUUUAAACAAACCGACGUUUCGGACCCUU